CCAUGUUGUUUUAAAAAGCUCAUGUCUUACUUAGAAAUGUAUAAUGAUUCCGAGCACAAAAGUCGUCGUCGUCGUCAUCAUCACCACUGUGCCCCAAUGAGCCCAAGAAUCUCUUUCUCAAACGACUUUGUGGAGACUCAGCAGAUUAUGCAACAAGAGAGGAGCUCCAGGGAGGCUCCGGUGUCGUCGGACUUCGAAUUCUCGGUGUCGAACUACUCCAUGAUGAGUGCCGAUGAGCUUUUCUUUAAGGGAAAGCUUUUGCCAUUUAAGGAUAACGGUGGGAACCAAAUGCAAAGGACUUUGAGAGAAGAGCUUCUUGUGGGGGACGAUGAUGAUAAUGUGACACUAAGGCCUCCAAAGGGUUCCACUUCCACUAGGUGGAAGGGGUUUCUGAGUCUCAAGAGGAAUCACAUUGGUACUUCCAGAAAAGCUGACAAGAGGGAAGGGAUUUCUAGCAGUAAAAGAUCUGGUUUUUUUCAACAGGACACCCAUGUUACCAAGACUUCACAGGACCAUUUGGGCGAAGGAGAGUCAAGUUGCAGGGACGUGGAGUUUGGGGUAUAAUCACAGUUUUGGAAGGUACAACUUGUAGAAAUGUGGGGCAUUUUUCAGAAAGAAAAAUAGAAGAUUGAGGAUGGAUUAAUGGGGCUUGUUUUAAACUCUCUUUUUUCUUCUCCUUCAUUUGAGGUCUAUUAAUCAGAAGUGGGUUUCUGUAGUGCAUUUUAUCUCCAAGGAGAUGGGUAUCUGGCUGUUUGUUUGUACAAAAUGUUUGCAGUUGAAGAACUUGUUUCUAAUGUUGAGGAAUGGAUGUUAGAUUCUCUGGUCGUUGUUUAAAUUGUUUGUAUUUGAAUCUAGUGUUGUACUUUUCAUUGAUGCUUAUAAAAAAAAAAAAGG